GAGCACUAUGUUGCUGGCCGUUUAUUCAAAAAGAUACUUAUAAAAACGUGAGAUUCGAAUAAUUCGGUGGCAUUAAGUUUAGACGCAUCCUCUGGAUCUCAUCUCUGUUUCUAUCGCUGUAUAACUCUGUUCUCUAUAUUUUGUUCUAUGAUUUUUUAAAUUGUUAUUUUCCUUUACUCUGCGAGAACAUAACUAUACUUGCUUUAAACUUUUAUUCCUCAAGGAUAAUUGUGAAUUUAAAAAAAAUUAAACUUAAUUACUGUUGAGUUUUUAUAUCUGUAUACUUAAUUAUUGGAUAUCUUACGGAUUAGUCUGUGAAUCAAUUGAAACUAAGAUAUCUUCUAUCGGAAAUGUGAAGAGACUGUUUAAAUUGAAUCUAUAUUCGCUAAAAAUUUAAAGUGUCAAGAGUGAAAUAUUGUGUUUGAUUAUUUUAAAUUAAAAUUGUGGUGACAAGGUUCCCAGGAUAUAUACAAACACCUUCAUACUGCAGGAAUAUUGAGUUUGGUAACUCAUCAUCUAUUUUCUUUUUCGAAAAUUGGAUUUGUAAUCACAAGUGUUGUUCCAGACACCCGCCGGCUUUUUAUUGCUCGAUCCUCAUGGGGAGCCUAGAAAAACGCCUUUCUUUUCGUAUCAUGAGACACAUUGAUGGCUCAUCGAACAACAACAAUAAUUCAAAUCAAAACAACAACAAUAAUUCUAAUAGCAAUGGCACGAGCAACGGAAAAAGCGGGCUUCUGGUUCCGACGGCAACUUUUACACGUCGAACCAGUGUCUAUAAAAAACCACCAGAAAAUACUGAUGGUGGUGUCAUUCAUGUCAUCCCCGAUGUUGAACUACCAUUGAUGACGUUUUCCGAUCAAUAUACAAUCGAAAGAACAGUCGCCGAAGGUUGUUUUGCUAAGAUAUUGCUGGCCCUGCACCGGCCGACGAACACUCAAGUCGUCCUCAAAGCCGUUCAUGCUGAAUUAACUUCGGUCAAGGACUUCCAAAAAGAAUUCCACUUUAACUACCAGCUUAGCCAUCAGAGGAACAUCUUGAGUGCGUACAAUGUUGCAUUCCAGACCAAAGAUUACUAUGUGUUUGCUAUGGAAUUUGCUCCAUAUGGUGAUUUGGCAGCCAAUUUGGGUUCGAAUGGACUGCAUGAAAACGCAUGUAAGCUAAUCUCGGAACAAUUGAGUUCUGCAUUGGGUUUUAUGCACUCGAAGCAUUUGGUUCAUCGGGAUUUGAAAUUGGAGAAUGUAUUGGUAUUUGCUCCUGAUUUUUCACGAGUAAAACUUUGUGACUUUGGGGCGACGACAAAGAAGGGUGUUCUGGUGCACAAGGUGAAGCAUACGUGGGUGGCCUUUGUUCCACCCGAGGUAAUUGAAAUCGUUAAGAACGAACGCUUUAUCUGUCGAACAAGCAGUGACGCUUGGCAAUUUGGUAUUCUGUUGUAUUCAAUUUUAACCGGAAGUCCUCCAUGGAAAUCAGCUGACUGGGUGAAGGACAAUAGCUAUGCAGCAUUUAUGAAGUACGAAGAAAGAAAAACCACAAAGAUUCCUGAGAAUUUUCGGCGAUUUUCACCGCGCUUGAUGCGAUGCUUCCGCAAGUAUUUAAGCCAUGAUCAUGAAGAUCGCUGUAAGAUCACUGAAAUCACCAAAUACAUGAAAGAUCGUUGGGUUGAAUGCAAGGUUUCAUCAUCCAAAUCGGCCACACUCAUCUCACCACAACCCGACCAGGAUUCCUGCAUAUAUCUGAAUCAACGGGAGACCAAGUCAUUUUCCGAUGACAAAAAUACCCGACUCAAGAGACUUAUGAGCAGCUAUGGGCUUGAUGCAACAAUCGAUCAAAGCGCUGUCAGACGGAGAGUUCUAGACUGGUUGUCAACAUGUGACAAUAAUUUUGACACCGCAGUAGAGAGUUUGGUCAUGGAUAUACAACAAAGUGAAUUAAACUCAGAAGCCAAGUCCCAGUAGGUUAGAAGAUUGAGAAAAGCUUCAAUUUAUUUUUGGGGGCUUCUUUGGGCUUUUGUGAAAUUGGAAACUCUUUGUUCUCCAGGUUUUUUGUGUGUGCGACAUAGCUGCUGCGUAUCCACCACGAAACCUUAAUCGAAAUUGUUUUCUUAAUUUGGACCAUUCACACUAAACGUGCAACAAAAAUAUUAUGUUUUGACAAUAAAGUGGGUGGAGUAUUGGUAUAUGCUCCACCUUUAGAACCUGGGCCAUUGUAGGAACAUUCGUAGAGCUGACAGAAUAAACAAAAAUUAUGAAAAAAAAACAACAAAUACGCAACAUAUCAAAAAUGUCAAAAUAUUGAUGUCAUGUUAUUUAUGUAAAAUUGUGUUAGCUUCUUAUUUUCUAACCUUUAACUUUAUAACGUAGGACCGUAUGAUUAAGCAAAUAAUGCAUAAAAUUUACGAACCUGUCAACUUCAUAUAAGAGACAACAAAUUUGUGGUACAGAUUGAUAGAAGUGAAACUUCGAUGAUGCUCAAUUUUAAUUUGUAUUUGUGAUUUGAUUUUGAUAAGAAAAAUCUUCCUACUUGAUCAUUAGAUUUCACAUGUGACUUUUCUUAAAUGUCAGAUUCCACAAAGCGAUGAUGUUGACAUUUUAGAACAGAAGAGAUAAAUUUGACAUAUGCAUAGCUAUUGUAAAAUAAUUUCCAAUGUGUAUUUGAAAAUAUUAAAAUUAAUCUUGGAUUUUAUUUUAAUCCAAAUAAUUUAAAGAGAUCAAAAAAGUUAAAAAAAAUAACUUUCUGUUUUUAAUUUCAAAUAAUACUCCUUAUAUAUGUAUCCUGACAGUUCUUCAAAAAAAAAUAAUGUUUGGUAUCUUUAAUUGAAUAUAUUCAGAGAAUUUAUUAGUUCCAACAACUCUACUACUUGGUAGUUUUAUGAUUUUUUUUAGAAAUACGGGCCUUGAACAAUUCUUAAAAUCUAUAUAAUCUUGCUUUUUUUAAUAAACUAAUAAUGAGAAUUAAGAACAAAAUUUGUGAUCGUAUUGUAAAUUUGUAGUUAAAUAUAAAAAUGUCAAAUUAUAAUUCUAGAAAAAAGAAACAAAAAAUAAGUAAUUAAGAAUGUAAAUAUAAUUAAAAUAAAAUUAGUUAUUUUUAUAAAUAAAAUACAUCAUAAGCUCUAGCAUUCGUACAAAGUAAAAUAAUUAUUAAUUUAAAAAAGAAUUAUACUAGCAUUUCGCUUUCACAACGUUUAUUUCUUUCUAUACAAUAUAUAUAUUUAAGUGUACAUAAAAAAAACUUGCUAUAAAUAGUAGUAACUUUAAUAACAUCUUUAAAAUAUUUUUUUUAAUUUGUAAAAAAAAGAAAACAAAUAAAUUUCUUAUCAUAUAACAUAAUUAAUAAUAUAGAAAAUAUAAAAAAAAAAUGAAAUUAAAUAAAAAUUUAAAAUACAAAUUUGCCUACGUUUGUUUUUAAUUUGAAUCGAAAAAAAAACAAAUAUUUUUAUUUUACAAAACGGUUCAUUAAACAAAUUCAAAUGUAAAUAAAAUGCAAAUCAUCAAAAACAAGGAAGAAACUAUUUAAUCCCAUGAUGUACAUACGAGUAUGUAGGUACAAAUAAUUACACAUUUCUAUAGGUAAUAGUUUAUGUGAUACUGAUGAUGAGUCUCUAUCUAGUGAUGCAUGAAAAUGUGUUUUGAUUGAAAAUUUUAUAAUUAAAAAUUUGAGGGAAUAUGUAAAAUUAUAUUUUUAAAUUUUUAUACAGAAAGGUAUUCACUAAUCUGCAUGCAGUUCGUGAGAAAAUCUUUCGCCAGAUUCGUAUCUUCCUUUUUACGUUGUUUGAUUGGUGUUUUGAUCAGCUCAUGUCAAGGCUAUCCGGCAUCUAUCGAUUUGUAUUCUCAGUAGGGAAAAAAUAAAUUAUUUAAGGAAUAAUAAAAUAAAAAGAAAACUUAUUUAAUAUUUAUGCAAGAAAUUGAUAAUCCGUUGAUUGAUUUUCUUCAUUAUUUUUCAAAAAAAUAAAUCUGACAUUGACCGUGUGUGGGUUUCACAAUUUGAAUUAAGAAAUCAGAUUUUUUUUUAUUAUGCACAUGUUUUUGAAAUGUCAUAAGUCAGUGUGUUUGUUUAUUGCAAUAUAUCGUGAAUUUUAGAAAUAAUCUAUUGAAAUCAAAAAUUGUAAAUUUUAUUCACAACUUCAAUCUACAAAAAAAAUAAUUUAUUUGAAAAUUUAUUUUAUAUCCAAAAUGUACUCUCAAAUGCUGAAUGCUUAUUAACCCCAGGAAAUGAGUUCGAAGAAGAUUUUUGCGUGGAGGUAUUUUUUGUUUAUUUAUAUAAAUAUCAAAC